AUUGUUUUCAAGACAAUUGUCAGAACGAGCAGCCCACAGUCUUCAGUGUGAAGAAAGGUCAGGUUCUCUUAAAACUGAAUAUAUAACAUACCCAACUGCUUUGUGUAUCCAGUUCUAUACAUUUGUAAAAGCCCAUUCUCUAUUCAAACAACCAAUAUCUUCUUAUUUUUCAGAAAUUCUGAAAGAAACUCAUAAGACAUACUACACUACUGCAGGCAGCAGUUUUACUCAUGCAUGUCCGAGUGAAUUGACUAACUUAAAAUGGACAUUUGAAGCAAGUAACAUGACUGCACUCAGGAACUCGGUACAAAGACCAGGAUCCUACUUUGUGUCUUCCAACAAGUCUAUAUAUAUUGUAAAUGUCAAAAAAGCAGAUGCUGGGAAAUAUACCUGCUGGACAAGUGAAUGUGAUGGACACAGGCAGAAACUACUUAUUAUCAACUUGUGUGUAAUUACAGUUCACCACAGUGAGGAUUCAUCUGUUUCUUGUGCUGUGAUGUGUGACGAGGAAUUCAGUAACAUCAAACCAAACAGCAUAUCAAAUGUGGAGACAGGCACAUGGACUAUAUCAGUGCUUGUGGAUCCAUAUGGUUCUUUAAAUUGCAGUGUAAAUCGGAUGUUUGAUGGAUACAGUACGGUUAACAGCACUCACGGACCAUCAAAUGCUUUAAACAAAACAACAGAUACACCUACAGAGCUUGAAUAUCUGAUUCCAGUUAUUUAUGGAACACCAGCAGCCCUUACAUGUCUUAUUUUGUUGGCACUUUUAAUUUGCUACCUCAGACCAAGAUUGCGGGCAGCAUUUCCUAUUUACUUUUGUUGCUGUGGCUUGAAUGGCAGUGUGGUGGUGGAAGAGGAGUCUUCGGUGGUUUAUUCAUCAGUUAUCAUCAGGAGACCUGCUAAUCCAACAAACAGUCACACUUACAGUGAUUGUGUGUAUAGUGAAAUAAAAGUAUAGAGAAAAGGUCCAAAAGAUGUUUUAUUGCUUAAGAUGGUCUAUAACUGCCACUGUUAUAAUGAUGGUUCCCACAUCACUGUCAUAUGAACUAAGUAAUUGAUUCCUCAAAAGACUACUUGUGUUUCAUGCGAAAAAGUGUUUGUGACUUCACCCACACGGUUCUAAAGGGAAAUUUUUAAGCAUUUUGGCACUUUUUUGAUUAGGAAGUUUCCUAACUGAGUGAAGUGACCCAAAUAGCAGCCAUGAUAAGAGCUGACUGAAUUUUCUACACAAUCAAAAAGUGCUUUAUUAGUUCCUUUACUUUAUUUCUUUACCCUAUCAAACACUGGAAAGGGAUAUCGCCAUUCCAUAAUUCCUUCCUCCAACAUGACUGACAAUUCAGGUGUUUCAAGCCAAAAUAUUUACAUUUUUCCAGAUAAUUUAAUGAGACACAUGAUACUAAUGAUCGACAAUUCUGUUUUAUGUAAAAAUUAUAUUACUUGUGUUUACUGUCUUUAGGUACUGUAGCUACAGUAUAUAGAGAGGUGGAAAGUAUACUGAACUAAUAAAUUUUUGGGGUUUUGUGCUUUACAGCUAUAGUUACUUUGCAGAUUAAACAUAUGUUAAACUACAUAAAGAAGUUAGAAUUAGCUACACCUAAACCAGCUACAACAUUAAAAUGUUGCUUACACACAGUGGUGGUAAGUGCAUUUACUCAACUACUGCACUUAAGUAAAAUUUUGAGGUGGGUUACUUUACCAGAGUAUUUCCAUUUCAUGAUACUUUACACUUCACUGCAUUUUAUAGGGAAAGACUGUAGCCUCCUCUUUACUCCAGUACAUUUAUUUGACAGCAAUAGUUACUUUACAGAUUCAGAUUAUAAAUACAAAACAUAGCAGCUUAUAAUGUAUCAUUGUUGUUAACUGCAUUGCUGGCUUUAAAUGUUGAAUAGUACCAAUAAUGUGUGAAAGAUGUGGAAUAUUUUACAGAUUAAACUAUGCAAGGCUAUAUAAAGUAGGCUAAAAUCAUCUCCACCUUGACCAGCUACAACAAGUAAUCAACAUAAGUAAUAAUAAACAAUAAUAUAUAUAAUAGUUUAACAGUAUGAAGAGUACUUCACAUAGUUCCAUUAUAUUAAAAAAUGGUAAACAUCGCUAGGGCUGAGCCAAAACUCAGCAACUCACACCAAAACAAUCUAGAUGGAUAAAUAGCUCUACAGGUAAGAGGAAAAAUAUGUAUUUUUAAUUUUGGAGUGAAAUGUUCCUUUAAGUAAAUACUCUGAGUAGUUCUUCCAUGCCUGUACACUGAAAGUGUACAAUUACAUGCACAAUUACAUACAUACAAUACAUUUUAGUGAUAGUACUUUUAGCUAACAACUUGGGGGAAAUUUGCAUGCAUGGGUUUUACUUUGAAGGAGGUUUUAAACUAGCAUUAGUACACUUCUUCCAUCACUAGAGUUUACUCCAGUAUGUGGCUGUAAUGCGCCUCAAAAUUGGACAACUGCUGCGGAAAAAAAAAUCCCAAAGAGAAAAAAAAUAAGGAUUUAGGAAAAGACAACCGCGUAGCUGAGAGAAUCCGACUGCAUUUACACUAGGCGACGUAAUUAUGCGAAGGCGGAUGUUAUUGACGUGGGUCUGCCAUGGUGAAACUACAAUCUUCCGAAAAUGGACUACAAAAAGCGCAUCUUAUUUCGUUCUUAUGCUGUUGUUUCAUGCAGGCAAUAUAAAAAAACGUUACUUCAUUAACAAGGUUGGAGUGGAAAUAAAAAAAGGAACACAAGCAGGGAUGCUGGAAGUCACUCAAAGUUGGGGGUAAUGAGAGGUGAGUCUGUAAAUUCACAUUUUUAAAAAAAAAUCAUUUGAAUGGCCAGGAUAACUUAUAUCUAAUAGUUUUAACAACAAUUUUGAAAACAGUUUGAAAACGUUUUA